UCUGUGUGUCUCAUCCUGUUAGUUAGGUUUGGUGUAUUCUAAUUUCUUUCCCUGAUUGGUUAUUCAACAGGAAAAAAGGUCCCAUCUUUGUAUGAAUUUUUAAGUGCAAACUCUAAACUAACCAAACAAAGAAACAAAGUUGCCAAUUUGCCAUAUUCUCACUGCAUGUGUCUCUGAAAAAUGAAAAUGGUUCCAAAGUUGGGUGGUAGAGUUGAGGGUGGUGGAACUGGCUAUGGAACCAGUCCUAUCUGAAUUUCAAUAUAUAACUGCUUCAACGAAAUUCAUGGCUGCCACUUCCAAUCUUUGGUGAAGUUCAUUCCUUUUUGAGUUAUUACUAUGGCCCUUUUUGUCUCUUGUGCUGUAACCGUCAUGGCUUACAUGGGUUCAACUUCAAUCAUCUCGCUUUUCUCAAUGGUUUAAACGAUAUGAUCUGGUGAUAACCUCUUUUGACUUUCAGCAAUGAUGGAUUGGCAAUUGUGGUUCAGUUUUGACUAAGUUCUUUCAGACGGGUCAUCUGAGCAGAUAUUUGUAUUCAAUUUCACCUUAUCUGUUGAAUGUUCUAAACCCUUUCGUGCUUUAGAAUCUGUAGUGUAUGUGUUUUGGAUAGUAAUUAAUAUCCUUGGUUCUAGAUAGACUUGUGGGGCAAAUCUCCUUUGGCAAUAUAGCUUCCAAUCUUGGAAGAAGCAAACUUAUUAUCCUUCCAAAAGAAGUUAUUUAUGUUUGAAGACUCUGCUCUGUUGGGCAUUGGGCAAAUCUCCUUUGGCAAAAGUUACUUAAUUUCCUUUGGCUUGGAACAAUUUCUGUCAUCUCAAGACAAAGAUUACUAUUCUGAAGUAAUUCCACUAUCCACUAGGAACUAUUUUCACUAGGGCAAAUCUUCUUUGGCAACAUUUGGUUACCUUACCUGCUUCCUCUAAUUCCCCAAGUAGUUACUUCCUGAAAACCAGAAAAAAAAAAAAAGAUACUUUCAGUCUUUGAAACUUCUUGAGUUUCUGUUUAAAUUUCCAGUUCAAAAACUGGGCAAAUCUCCUUUGGCAUUUUGGAGUCCUUAGUUGACACAGGUUAUCCUGUUAGGCUAAGCUCCUUUGGUAUCUAAUCAUCAGUUUCAGACUUUCAGUGAUCAAGAUAUUCCUUUUAAGAAACUGAGUUUCUAUCUGAAAGAAAUAGCAGUAUCAAUCAGGCAUUGUACACGGCUCUCCUUGAGGUCAAGAUCAACGUAGCUGUUGUGAAUUGCUAUAUAUACAGACACUAGGGUUUGAUGAUUCUAUUUGGUUGAGAAGGUCGUGUUCCUUUCCACAAGAUAUUACUGAUUGCAGAUUACUUCUGAAUCUUAUCUUUCUGAGUGACAUCUGGUUGAUGGAUUCACACAUUGCUGAUUCGGACUGGGAGACCUCCAGUGACAGCAGCAGCAGCGAUGAUCAAGAGGAUAUUGAUUUUUUAUAUGGUGGGAAAGCUUGCAGCAUAUUAUCCAGUUUAGAAGAAAGCAUUGAAAAAAUUGAUGAUUUUCUCUCAUUUGAGAGGGCAUUUGCUCAUGGGGAUGUGGUCUGCUCGUUGUCAGAUCCAUCUGGACAGAUGGGCAGGGUUGUAAGUGUUGAUAUGUCUGUCGAUUUGGAAAAUGUUCGGGGAAACAUAUUGAAAAAUGUAAACUCCAAGAAACUUCUGAAGAUUCGCUCCAUUUCAGAAGGUGAUUUUGUGGUCAAGGGACCAUGGCUUGGUCAAGUUCAAAAGGUGGUGGAUAGAGUGACUGUAUUGUUUGAUGAUGGAGCAAAAUGUGAGAUUAUCGCAUUGGAAAAAGAGAAGAUUUUACCAAUCAGUCAAAGUUUUCUUGAGGAUUCACAGUAUCCAUACUAUCCAGGACAAAGAGUAAAGGUUAAGUCUUCCACUGCUUCUAAAUCGGCUAGAUGGCUUUGUGGCACUUGGAGAGACAAUCAAGAUGAAGGAACUGUAUAUGCUGUGGAUGCUGGUCUUGUUUAUGUUAAAUGGAUCGCUUCUGUUCUUGGAUUCAAUUCUAAUGUCAAUGUCAAUGAUCCCACCUGCUGGCAAGAUUCCAAAAACUUGACCUUGCUGUCGUGUUUUUCGCAUGUAAACUGGCAGCUUGGUGAUUGGUGCAUGCUCCCUAUCGCAGACCAAAAGAAAGAGAUGUUUCAAGAUUCUUCUACGAGUGAUAUUUCUGCUGAACAUAAUAUGGCAAGAGGAUAUAAGAGAAGAAACCUCAACUCUAGUAUUGGGGAAAUAUUCAUAGUUGGGAAGAUAAAGACUAAAGUGGAUGUUGUGUGGCAAAAUGGGGAACAUACUUUGGGAUUAGACCCACAGAACUUAAUCCCAGUUAAUGUCAUAAACACUCAUGAGUUUUGGCCUCAGCAGUUUGUACUGGAGAAAGGAGCUUCUGAUGAUCCUCUUAAGCCUAGCAGUCAAAGAUGGGGUGUUGUUCAAUCUGUCGACGCAAAAGAGCGUACGGUAACAGUACAAUGGAAAACUGUUCCCAUAUCUGAGGUAGAUAAUCUGGCCGGAGAAACAAUGAUUGAAACUGUAAGUGCCUAUGAACUUGUGGAGCACCCAGAUUAUUCUUGUUGUUUUGGUGAUAUUGUGUUCAAGGCUCAGAAACAGAUUGAUUCCCAAGCUGAUAAGGAUAAUGCAAAGUCAGUGACCGACUUGAAUGGAGAUGAUCCUCUGAGAGGCAAGGAUGAAAUCAGUGAUCAGAAUAAGUUCCCUGAUGACUUUUACCUGUCUUGUUUUGGUAAUGUUGUCAGUUUCGAAGAUGGUGAUGUUGAGGUGAAAUGGGCUACUGGUUUAACAACCAAGGUUGUACCUUAUGAAAUUUUUCGCAUUGAUAAACAUGAAGAUUCAACUGCAACCCCUGUUCCUAAUGAAGUAAAUGUUGAGGAGUUGACUCAUGAGAUGAUUGUACAUGAAAGUCUUCCUUCUGACCAGAAGGGAAAGGACUUAUUAAAUUGUGAUAGUGGUAGAGGGAAUCAUGAAAAGCAUCCAGGAGAGUGCAGUUCCUUUUCUAUUCCUCAAGCUGCAAUUGAACUUUUUUCAAGCAUUAAAACCAGCAUAUUCCAAACAUUUGGUGUAACUUCACUUUAUGGAGCAGUUUCCCGAGUCCCUACAUUUGAAGAGGAAAAAGGAACCAAUUUUCUUGAAAAGAAAGAUUUUGAAACUUGUGGUCCCUGCCCCGAGUCAACUCCAGUGAGUGGGUUGGAGACAAAUGAAGACAAACUUCCAUAUUCUGAGUUCGUUAAGAUUCAUGAGAGAAAUGAUUCUCCAGUUUCUUUAGAUAGCAACAGUUCUAAUCAGUUAAAGCAGUUUGAUAUGAUAGAUAAUUGCUCAGACCACCACUUUUUUGAUAAGGGAAAAGGGUUGGCGAUAUCUCAGGUAAAAAGAGAUUGGGUGAAAAAGGUUCAGCAAGAAUGGAGCAUCCUGGAGAAAAAUCUUCCUGAAACUAUUUAUGUCCGUGUUUUCGAAGAAAGAAUGGAUCUCAUGAGAGCAGCCAUUGUGGGUGCGUCUGGGACGCCUUAUCAUGAUGGGCUCUUCUUCUUUGACAUAUGUUUUCCUCGAGAGUAUCCCAGUGAACCACCUAUGGUGCACUACCAUUCUGGUGGGCUCAGAUUAAAUCCUAAUUUGUAUGAGUCGGGAAAAGUGUGUCUGAGUCUCCUGAAUACAUGGACUGGCACGGCCAGCGAAGUGUGGAACCCUGCAUCCUCCACAAUCCUUCAAGUCCUUCUCUCCCUGCAGGCCCUUGUCCUUAAUGAGAAACCUUAUUUCAAUGAGGCCGGAUAUGAUCAACAAAUUGGAAGAGCCGAAGGAGAGAAAAACUCAGUCAGUUACAAUGAAAAUGCUUUUCUUGUCACCUGCAAAUCGAUGUUGUAUCUGUUGAGAAAGCCACCCAAGCAUUUUGAGGCACUGGUGGAAGAGCACUUUAGACAACGCUCGUGUCAUAUACUUUCUGCCUGUAAGGCAUAUCUCGAAGGCGCUCCCAUCGGAGGCACUUCUGGUUCUGGAAAAUCCGAGGAUGAAAACCAGAAGGGGACUUCUACAGGAUUCAAAAUUAUGCUGGCUAAGCUCUUCCCCAAGCUUGUUGAGGCAUUUUCUGAUAAGGGAAUUGAUUGCAGCCAGUAUAUUGAGCUGCAAAAAGAAGCUAGUCCUAAGUAGUGAGUAAUCCUGCUAGGACAGUCCAACCAUAUGUAUAAUUAAUUUGUUUUCAUGGGAUCUGUAAAAUAUGUUAAAACACCCAUCUAUGCUAUGUUCACUACAACCACGAUUUGGUAUGAAAUGUCAAUGAUGUAAGCAAAAAAAAAAAAAAAAACCUUAUGGUCUCUGUGUAUCAUAUUUGAUUGCAUAUGUGAAAUAUAAUGAAAAUGAAAUAAGAAGCAUUGCAUUGAUUGCUUUGCUUUAUGC